UUGAACCAUGUAAACCAGGCUUAAUGGACGAAACUCGGUGAUCAUCUUGAUGCGCGCAGUCAGCCAGCCUAGUGUGUGAUAAUUGUGUUAGUGGAGUUUUUCUCGAUCUCGCUGGUGAUUGUUAAUUGGGGCUCGUGGAGAGCUACUGGAAGAAAAUAGCAUAGCUGCUAGCUAAGUCAGGAAAAUAAAGUGAAUAAUCGGAAGGCAAGGGCUCAGAAAGUGAAUACAUUUUUGGGGAAGUUUUUGUGUCGUGAGGAAACCAGGAGAAAAUGAAUGAAAUCGAUGCCUUACGAGCCGAGGCGGAGCAGUUGAAAAAUGCCAUUCGUGAUGCACGGAAGGCAGCUUGUGACACAUCAAUCCUUGCGGCCACCAGUCAGUUGGAGGCCGUUGGGCGGAUCCAGCUGCGAACCAGACGUACCCUGCGGGGUCACUUGGCCAAGAUCUACGCCAUGCACUGGGGUAGUGACUCUCGGUAUCUGGUGUCUGCGUCACAGGACGGAAAGCUGAUAGUAUGGGAUUCACACACCACCAACAAGGUUCACGCGAUUCCGCUGCGAUCUUCCUGGGUAAUGACGUGUGCGUACGCUCCGUCCGGGAAUUACGUUGCUUGCGGUGGUUUGGAUAACAUUUGUUCCAUAUACAAUCUCAAAACUCGCGAGGGCAAUGUCCGGAUUGCUCGGGAACUGGGAGGCCACACCGGAUACCUUUCAUGUUGCAGAUUCCUGGAUGAUAAUCAAAUCGUCACCAGCUCCGGCGAUAUGUCCUGUGCCCUGUGGGACAUCGAAACCGGCCAGCAAUCUACGUCCUUCCAAGGUCACACCGGUGAUGUGAUGGCCCUUUCGCUAGCCCCCCAAAGUAAGACGUUUGUCUCCGGUGCCUGCGACGCCACUGCCAAACUGUGGGACAUUCGCGAGGGUCAGUGCAAGCAAACAUUCCCGGGCCACGAGAGCGACAUCAAUGCCGUAGCGUUCUUCCCGAGUGGUCAGGCUUUCGCCACCGGUUCCGACGAUGCCACCUGCCGGUUGUUCGACAUUCGUGCCGAUCAGGAACUGGCCAUGUACUCGCACGAUAACAUCAUCUGUGGUAUCACUUCGGUAGCAUUCUCCAAAUCUGGUCGACUGCUGUUGGCCGGGUACGAUGACUUCAACUGCAACGUGUGGGACACGAUGAAGGCGGAACGGGCAGGAAUUCUGGCUGGACACGAUAACCGGGUGUCGUGCUUAGGGGUGACGGAGAAUGGAAUGGCAGUGGCAACCGGUUCAUGGGAUUCUUUCCUGCGUGUGUGGAACUAGGUAAGUGAUUUUUUUUAAAUUUAUUUAUGA